AUGAAAAUCAAGAAGGCGCGCACCAAGGGAGGCGCUGCCCGCGUCGGCAAGGGGAAGAAGAAGCUUUCCAAAGGGAGUAGCACAAAAUCCGGAGUACUACAAAGGAAAGCCAAAGUGAACACCUCAAGGUCUAAGAAAACAACUUCCAUGGUGAAGAAACCAGUUCGAAGUGGAUCUAGUAAGAGAUACAGUUGGCUAUUCGAAAAAGAAGGCGAAAAAACCCAUGCCUCUUCCAAGAAAGGGCGAAAAAUAAACCGUUUAGGUGGAGACAACUUCCAUAGCGAUGAAGACCAAGAGGAAGGGGAAAGCGCAAAUACAAUCCAACAAGAUGGAAGAGCCAAAGAAAAAAAAAAAAAAUUCGUACUCUAUAAAAACAAAAAGGGAAAGAAAAAUAAAAAUAAAAAAGGAAUGUUGACAUGCUUCCACUACCUCGGUCUGAGUGAAAAAAUGUGUAGAAGCAUAUCAAGUAACUUGAAAUAUAACCGACCCACAGAUAUUCAAAAAUUGUGCAUCCCAAAAAUAAUACAAAGGAAAGACAUCAUAUGUAUAAGUAAAACGGGCACAGGGAAAUCGCUAGUGUAUGUAAGCACGAUGAUAGAUCUUCUAGCAGAGCACAGUCAAUAUUUCGGAGUUAGAGGACUAGUGUUGGUACCCACAAAAGAGUUAGCCAUUCAAAUAUUUAAAUUAUCAAAAAAAAUUUGCAAGAAUUUUUUUAAUUUAAAAAUAAAUGUAAUAAUCGGUGGAAUCAGUUUGAACAAGCAAUUUGAUAUGUUAAAGGAAAAUUUAGAUGUUCUGAUAUGUACCCCCGGAAGAUUAAGUUUUAUAUUAAAAGAAACCAACUUAAGUUUGGAAAAAGUGGAAAUACUAAUUAUCGAUGAAGCCGAUAGAUUAUUGGAGUUAAACUAUUUUAACGAUAUGAAUAAUAUUUAUAAAAGUUUGAACCGUACAAAUAAGCAGACCUUACUAAUCAGUGCAACACUUCCAACGGAUGUACAAAAUUAUUUCAAACUGAAAUUGAACAAUCCGGAUGUCUUGUCCCUAAGUUCAGAUAAUACGAUCAGUGAUAAAAUGAAUUUACAUUUUUUAUUCACAAGGUCAUAUGAAAAGUAUGGACUUUUAAUUAAACUUAUUUUUCUUUUUAAAAAAAGAAAACUUGGAAAAACUAUAAUUUUUUUUUGCACAAAAUAUCAUAUUUUAUUUUUUUCGAAAAUAUUAUCUCAUCUGAAAAUUGCUCAUGCUAUGUUGUAUGGAAAUUCAGAUACAUCUUACCGCUUGGACCAGAUUAAAAAGUUCACUAACAAUGAAGAGAUUCAAUUUAUGCUCGUUACUGAUGUAGCUGCGAGGGGGAUAAAUAUCACCAGUGUUCAGAACGUAAUAAAUUACAGCCUGCCUUUUUCUCCAAAACUUUUUAUUCAUCGUGUCGGUCGUGCUUGCAGGGAUGAUGCUAUGCCCAGUGGCUACGCCGUUUCGCUUGUCACCUACCAGGAUAUUCUGUACGCCUAUGAGAUAUGCUUCUUUAUCGGAAAGAAGCUUAAGUUUUUCAGGCGCGCAGAGAACGCAGAAAAUGUAAACACCUCCAAGGCGGACGAACUGGUGGACACGGAUACACAGAACGAUGUUGAUAUCGCCAAGAUGGACGAAACGGAAAGGAUCGCCAAGAAGAACGAACCGGAAGGGAUCGCCAAGACGAACGAAACGGAAGGGAUCGCACACGCCCCCCUCCACCGCGACGUCGUCUACCUCGGAUCGCUCAACCACAUUAGCGACUACGUCGAACUUGUCGACAACCAGAAAAAUGCAGACGAGGAAUUGGUGUCCCUCAACAAGAGCAUCCUAGCCUCCUACAAACUCUACUACGCCAUGAGGCCUAAAGUGUCCAAAUAUGCCAGUACAGAGUGCAUCAAUAAAAUUAACAAAAUAGGAGGGGUUUACAAACUAUGCUUGUUCUAUCACCCAGAUGAAAUUUACGAAAAUCAUUCAUCAGGCGCAACAAAGGAGGAGAUGCUUCCAAGUGGAAAACAAUCCAAUGUGGAAAAUAUCGCCCAAUUGGAGAACAUAUCAGGCAACGGUGUAAUUAGCUCUCCGAAUGAAGGAGAAGUAGACAGGAAUGAAAUAAUGAAAGAGGGAGAGACAUCUACAGAAGAUGCCAUUAUAGAACAACCGAAAAAUUACACCCACAACGAACUCAUGACAAUCAUUCACAAUUUCCAAUGUAAUGAUACCGGAAAGGUGAAAGGAAUAUCAGAAGACAUCAAAGAUAAGUUGAAUAAACUGAAGGAGAAGAUGCACACGACUAAGCGCGGGCGAAGUGGAGAGGUCACGGACGAUAUGGAUGAACUUAUGGGCGCACUUGCCAUGGGCCUCUCCGAUAAUGAUCAGGGUAGCGACUACGAAUUGGAGCAUUUGUGGAAGGACCGCGAAAAUGGUAGUGGAAACAAUUCAGGGGAAGGUCAAAAAGAACCUAGUAACAAGCCGAAGAAGAUGAGCAAAAGGGCCUUAAAAAAGAUGAAAAAGCAACAACAACAGGCGAAACAACAGCAGGAGCAAGAUCAACAGGCGCAACAACAGCAGGAGCAAGAUCAACAGGUGGAACAACAGAAGGAGCAGAAAGGAGAAGAACCCACCAGUGGGGUACUACCCACAAGCGGAGGAACCAAAAGAAGCAACGUCGAUAUCCCCUUUGAUGAUAUAUUAAAAAAAAUAAAUAAAAAAAAAAUGAAACAAGAAGGAGCCACAGCCUUUGCCAUUAAGACACCGGGAUUCGACUUACCUCCAGAUGAGGAAGAAGAAUUGAACAAACAGAGAUUCAUAAAAAAAAAAGUUUGGGACACAAGAAAGAGGAAAUUCGUCCUACAAGAAAUAGAUACCUUCCAAAGUGAUGGUUUUAAGAAGAAGGACAGAAGAAAAGAUGCGGGGGAAUCUGGAAAAGGUAACCAUGCUGAAGGUGCCGCAGCGGAACCCACCGGCAGCCUGUACCAAAAGUGGGUAAAGCGCACAAAAAAUCGAAUAAAAAAUGUAGGAGAACUGGAAGAUGAAAUGAAUAAAAACGGAAGAAACAUAUUUAUGAAGACAAAACGGGCCCAUAACCAUUCACAGGAUGAUACCACAAGUACCCAACUCGAUGAAGAAAAGCAAACGCAUUUGCAAAUGCUUAAGCAGAACCAUCCGGAGAUUACCGAUUCCUUGUCCAGAAAUAUCAAGCUCACUAAGAAACAGCAGAGGCUGUACAAAAAGUACCUCUCAGGAAAGUAUAUGGAUUCAGAACCCAACUCCUCCCUGCACAAAAGUUUGCCACAGAUGCAGAAGGAGAAAGCGAAAAUGCUACAGAAAAAACUUAGAACAGAUAAGAACUUCAGAAUGAAAUAUGCACGAAUGAAGAAGAAGCGACAUGAAAAGAAGUUGCGGGAAAAGGAGAACCUGAAAAGCGCACGCUCUCGCUCCCUUGCUAUUGUUAGGAAGAAGAAAAUAGGCAAGCGGGGGGGAUAA